AUGCCCACAUCUGGCGCUGGUCCCAAUGCCAGUCUGACACAACCGAUGAACAGCCUGGCUGGCGUUGGUGGCAUGCUUCAGGGUGGCGUUGCGGAUCUAAAUAAGCGUGGACCCGUGGAGUUCAACCAUGCCAUCAGCUACGUGAACAAGAUAAAGAACCGUUUCUCCAGCGCGCCAGAGAUCUACAAGCAGUUCCUUGAGAUUCUGCAGACCUACCAACGGGAGUCCAAGCCCAUCCAGGAUGUGUACGCGCAGGUUACUCAACUGUUCAACACUGCUCCAGACCUCCUGGAAGACUUUAAACAGUUCCUUCCCGAGUCCGCUGCACAUGCAAAGCAACAGGCGGCGGCACGUCUUGCCGAGGAGAACGCUCCUAUCAGUAAUUUGCGGGGUGAUCCUAUGGCCAUGUCCCAGGCUGCGAACCGAGAUGCAAAGAACUUGCCUCCCAUGGGCCACUUCAAACCGCAGGAUUCCGCCAAAGAUAACAAGAAGCGCAGAGGAGGACCUGGCAUGGGCGGUGGCUCUGUAUCUGGUCCUGCUGGCGCAGAAGCUCGGAUUCCAGAGUCUCAGAUGCGUGGCCAACCUGCUCAGUUCGCCAAUGGCAGCAAGAGGCCCAAGUUCCACCAUGGCAAGUCAUCUGGCGCGGAUAUCCCGAACGUUUCUCCUACCUUGAUCCCCGCGCUCCCGGAGCCAGUUCCGCCUAGUUCGUUGGCUACUCCAAGUCAAGAGGAAAUCGCUUUCUUCGACCGUGUCAAGAAGUUCAUUGCGAACAAGCAGACUUUCAGUGACUUCCUGAAACUGUGCAAUCUCUAUACCAAUGACCUCAUCGACCGUUUUAUUCUGGUAAAGCGGGCCGAAGGCUUCAUUGGUUCCAAUGCGGAGCUCAUGAGCUGGUUCAAGCGUUUUAUGAACGUUGAGGAGCCUGAAGACAAGACCAUUGACCCCAAGCCUAAGACUGAAGCCGGUGUUGUCAACCUUGCCCACUGCCGAUCUUUGGGACCCAGUUAUCGUCUGCUACCCAAGCGCGAGAGACAAAAGGCCUGCAGCGGUCGCGACCAGCUAUGCUUUGAAGUGUUGAACGACGACUGGGCUUCGCAUCCUACCUGGGCAUCCGAGGAUUCUGGCUUCGUUGCUCACCGGAAGAACCAAUAUGAAGACGCUUUGCACCGUAUCGAAGAGGACCGUCACGAUUAUGAUCAUCACAUCGAAGCUUGCACGCGGACGAUUCAGCUCAUUGAGCCAAUUUGCCAGCAAUUUUUGCACAUGUCCGAUGCUGAACGUACCAACUUCAAGCUGCCACCUGGUCUUGGUGGACAAAGUGAGGCUAUUUAUCAGCGCGUGAUUAAGAAGGUCUACGACCGCCAACGUGGCGAGAAGAUUAUCCGCGAUAUGUUCGAGCGUCCUUGCCAGGUUCUGCCGAUUGUACUAUUUCGCCUGAAGCAGAAGCUGGAAGAGUGGAAAGCCUGCCAACGCGAAUGGGAUAAGGUCUGGCGCGAGCAGAUGCAGAGAGCGUACUGGCGUAGUUUGGAUCACCAGGCGAUUGCCACCCGACAGACAGACAAGAAGCUCUUCAUUGCCAAGAACAUCCAGCAGGACUUGCAAGGCAAAUUUGAAGAAACGCAAAGUCGCGCAAAGAGUGGUCUUCCCACGAAGAAAUUCCAGGCUGAGCUGAAAUUCGAAGAUAUCGAUGUUCUCCUCGAUACCACCCACCUUCUUUGCAUGUUCAUUGACCGCAGCACUUCCGGCUUUGGCGCCGAGCCGUCGAGGUUGAUUAACUUUGUCAAGGACUUCGUUCCUAUCUUCUUUGGCCUUGAUCGCGAGACUUUCCACGACUACAUGGAUGAGCUUUCCAUCGCUGCUACGCCUGUCGAGGAGCUGGAGGAGAACUUCGGCGCAGAUGAUACCUCCAACGCCAGUCGCAGGGUUGUCAACACGCAGAAGCUGGAUCUCCUGCGUGAGGCUCUCAAGCAAAAGGGCGAGAAGGGCGGCAACCAAAACAAGGAGGAUGGAGCUGCCGCUUCAGCUCCAGCAACAGUGCCGGCGUCAGUACCACCACCUACGCAGCUUGCCACCCCUGAUGUCCGCGCCGCAUCCGCGCCCGCAUCCGAACCCGAGGAGGCAUUCGACGUGGCAGAACUGAAAUGGAUGGAGCACCCGGGCCAGGGUAACUUCAACCUGGAGCGCGAGUACACUCUGAACGAGAAGUACAAGAAGACCGUGCACCACAUGUACUGCAACCUCAACAUCCUCUGCUUCCUGCGUACAUUCGAGAUUCUUUACUCGCGCCUGCAGCGAAUCAAAGAACAAGAAGGCGAAGCCCGCGAACAAGUCCGCCGCGGCCUCCUGCCCAAACCAGCCAAUGAUCUCUGCCUGAUCGAUCGAUUCCCGGGAGAUUUCUUCUACGAUGUCGAGCCGAAGGCCAACCUCUACAAGCAGAUUGUCCGCAUGUGCGAGGAGGUUAUUCGCGGGGAUAUCGACCAGGUUCACCUGGAAGAGACCCUGCGCCGCUUCUACAUGCAGAGUGGGUUCUUGAUGUACAACCUGGAACGUAUCUUCUCGUCGAUCACCAAGUUCGUGGCGUCGAUCUUCACGGGCGAUUCGCGGGACCGCAGUUCCGAUAUUGCGAACUUGUUCUUCAAGGAGCGCGAGAAGAACGAGACCACCCAUCACCAGGAGAUCCAGUAUCGCAAGCAAGUCGAGCGAUUAAUCAAGGAGGGCGAUAUCUACCGCGUGACCUUUUUCCCCUCCGACCGCCACCUCACAAUCCAAGUAAUGACAACGGAAGAAUCCACCCUCAACCGCGAAGACCUCAGCCCCGAAGCCCGCUGGUCCUACUACGUCACAGCCUACUCAAUGCGUGACCCAACCGAGGGAAUCAAAUUCUCCGAAAUGCGCAUCCCCUUCCUAAAACGCAACCUACCCGGCAAACUCGACGAAGACGAAGAAUACGACCGCUUCUACCGCCGUCUCCAGCACUACGACGGCCUCGUCAUCCGCAUCUGCGCCAACAAUUACACCAUCCUCUACCAACCCCCGACACACGACUGGUUCUGGCGCUCGAAUGCGCCGGUCCCGGACAGGGAGACGCUUGCGCUCGCGGACGCGGACGCCGCAAAGGCACAGGAGGAUAUGGUCAAGGAUGCUGCCGCGCUCAAGGAGAAGAGACAUGAUCGCUUUGUGGAGAAAUUCGUCAAUAAUCCUAAUUGGGCCAAGGGCUUGAGUAAGGAUAAGGUUGAUGAGUCGAAUUUGCGGUUCCGCGAUUGGUUGAAUGGGUGUCUUGUUAAGGCUGGGAGUGUGAGUCCUGCGCCUGCGGCGACGGCAACGGCGACGGCGACUGCCACCGCGAACGAGAAUAAGGAUGCGGAGACUGCGCCUGGUGCUGAUGCUGAAGCUAAUGCUGAUGUUUCCGCCGACGCCACGAUGGAAGAUGAUGCCGGUCCCGAGACUGCGUCUAUCCCUGUUCCCGAGAAGAAGGACGAAGGUGAAGGCCAAGGCGAAGGCAAAACAGACGAGAAGGUCGAGGAACCAAAGGCCGAACCGACAGAUACCGAGAUGGCGGACGCCGAACCAGCCGCCGAUGCUGAUGCCGACGCUGACGCUGCGACCAGCGCCCCCGCUGAGACCGCAGAGCCCUCGACUGAGUCUUGA